CCUCAGCGCAGUUAAAAUGAAACUCUAGUGGUGGGAGCCAGGGCAGAGCGUGAGGGAGCCGGCGCUGUCGUGCCGGUCUUUACCUCUCGGGCACAGUCGAGCUGACUGGACUCUCCGAGGGGUCGCCAUCCCGAAGCUGCGGAAGCUUGGGUUCCCAGCCUGACGCGCUGAGCCCGAGUCCCAGUCCCAGAGGGAAUCGCUCUCUGCAGACCAGUGGGACCCCGAAACUUGAACGCAACCCCCCUUUUCAAGCCUUUGUCACUUCCCCAGCUUUCUCCCAACGCGUUCUCUUUUUUUCCCCCCUUCCUCUCCAUUCUCUCUUCUCCGAAGGACACAAAAGUGGCUUCCGCUGAAAGAUUAGGGAGGCGGUGGCAGCUUUUCCCUUUGGAGAGCGAUUGUGUAGAAGGAUUUUCGGGAAGCUGCUUUGUAACACCACUGCUCUUUGCUUCCCGAGCUUCCCUGUAACCCUCUGAGCGCGAUGUACAAUACGGUGUGGAGUAUGGACCGCGAUGACGCAGACUGGAGGGAGGUGAUGAUGCCUUAUUCGACAGAACUGAUAUUUUAUAUUGAAAUGGAUCCUCCAGCUCUUCCACCAAAGCCACCUAAGCCAAUGACUUCAGCAGUUACAAAUGGAGUGAAGGACAGUUUCAUUUCUCUUCAAGAUGCAGAGUGGUAUUGGGGAGAUAUUUCCAGGGAAGAGGUAAAUGACAAAUUGCGGGACAUGCCAGAUGGCACCUUCUUAGUUCGUGAUGCCUCAACAAAAAUGCAGGGGGACUAUACAUUGACUUUGAGGAAGGGAGGAAAUAAUAAAUUAAUAAAGAUCUAUCAUCGGGAUGGUAAAUAUGGCUUUUCCGAGCCCCUGACGUUUAAUUCUGUGGUGGAGCUCAUUAACCACUACCACCAUGAAUCUCUUGCUCAGUACAAUCCCAAACUCGAUGUGAAGCUGAUGUACCCCGUAUCCAGAUACCAGCAGGAUCAGUUGGUAAAAGAAGAUAACAUUGAUGCAGUAGGUAAAAACCUGCAAGAGUUCCACUCUCAGUAUCAGGAGAAGAGCAAAGAGUAUGACAGGCUGUAUGACGAGUACACCAGGACGGCGCAGGAAAUACAAAUGAAGAGGACUGCCAUCGAAGCCUUUAAUGAAACAAUUAAAAUAUUUGAGGAGCAGUGUCAUGCCCAAGAACAACACAGUAAAGACUACAUCGAGCAGUUUCGCAGAGAGGGGAAUGAGAAAGAGAUUGAGCGAAUUAUGAUGAAUUACGAUAAAUUGAAAUCACGUCUCGGUGAGAUUCAUGAUAGCAAAGUUCGUCUUGAGCAGGACUUGAAGAAACAAGCUUUGGACAACAGGGAAAUAGAUAAAAAAAUGAAUAGCAUCAAACCGGACCUAAUCCAGCUGCGCAAGAUCCGCGAUCAGCACCUUGUGUGGCUCAAUCACAGAGGAGUGAGGCAGAGGCGCCUGAACGCCUGGCUGGGGAUCAGGAAUGAGGACUCAGACGAAAGCUAUUUUAUCAAUGAGGAAGAUGAGAACCUGCCGCAUUAUGAUGAGAAAACCUGGUUUGUGGAGGAUAUCAACCGAGUACAAGCAGAGGACUUGCUUUAUGGGAAACCAGAUGGUGCAUUCUUAAUUCGUGAGAGUAGCAAGAAAGGAUGUUACGCUUGUUCUGUGGUUGCAGACGGGGAAGUGAAGCACUGUGUCAUCUACAGCACUGCUCGAGGAUACGGCUUUGCGGAACCCUACAACCUGUACAGCUCACUGAAGGAACUGGUGCUCCAUUACCAGCAGACUUCCCUGGUUCAGCACAAUGACUCCCUCAACGUCAGGCUCGCCUACCCUGUCCAUGCACAGAUGCCGUCCCUCUGCAGAUAAGCAGAGUGGAAGAGACAUGCUCUCCAGUUUUUUUCCUAUGGUUUUUAUUAGACUACGAUGAGGGCAUUCUUUCAACGUAGACUGCUUGUUUUGCACAAGUGAUUCUGUGAAUGUGAAAUGGAGAGACCGAGCAGUAGCUUGGAUUUGGAGAGAAAUGGGCCCAGGGUCUCUGGACCCAGCUGUGCUGCUGCACUGAUGGACUAAGCUGGAAGCAGAUAUUGGUUUCAUGGGGUUUGGUUUUGUUGUCAGGCACCUUUAAAAGAAGUUAGACUUGUUGUGGGUUGGGGUGGGGGUUUUAUUUGGAAGCCUCUGAAGAGUCCAUGCUCCCUUGUCUUCAACUCUGAGAAUGAAGCAGAUCACAGUUCUGCUGGGAGUGUUUUGCUUCGAUAGUCUCUCCCUCCGUCACACCCCCAAAUAAGGAGCCUAUUUUGGCUCUGUGGUAAAAUGGGAUUUGGUUUGAGGGGAAAAACAACCAAAGGAAAAUAGGGAGGUGUGGGAUUACAUUUACAGACUAAGGAGGCAUUAAGACCCCUUCGGGUGAUGUCACUUCAGUUUUACCAACAUAAUACAGGCUCCAGCAUCUUAGCCAACCUCCCUCUAAAGCACUGUGUUCAUGAACCAACAAAGCAGCCUUGCCAGGCCAAGGUCUAGGACACUAGUAGCUGAAUGUACACUUCUGUACCAAAACUUGACAGAAACCUAGAACUAUGAGUUUCAACAUACACUAAAAUUGGUCAGUGAGUUUCCUUUUGCCCUGGCCUUGUUUCUCAGAUGAGGAAUAGAAUUAUUUUGUGGAGAUAGUAAGCUUUGAGUCAUAAUGAAGUUGGUGCUUGUGUGGUGUUUCUUUAGACUAAAGAAAAAUGUUUGAAACCCUUGUAAGUUGUUUUAUGAGUAAAGGUGCAAUCCAGUGCUUUUAGAUGGCUUGAUAUACCAAAUAAUGAUAGAGAUCAGCAUUGUUGUGUGCUUCCUCACGUUUAAAAGCCUUGCCAAAACUAUACAAGGAUUAUUUUGCCUUCAUCUUCCCUUCCUUUACUGGAUAGGGUUUAGGGAGCCAUAGGUGGCUAAAGGAGGCCUCGAGUUUGUGGUCAGAGACCUCAGUAAAUCAGACACAUGGGGCCCAGGUGUUCACAGUGAAGGGCCCAUCACAUUACAUGUUAUUCCAUACUGUGGUUGAAGCUUUUGCCAGAAGAGGGGAUAGCAAGGAGUUGAGACUAUCUGGUAAAAUAACCCACAAACUUUCCCAUUUGCCCUUUUUGUGAGCACAGCCUGCUCUCAUGCUCCCAUGGCUGACUUAGGCCAUGGAUUUGCUCCAUGUGGUUUAAGCCUUCCAGCUAAGUGAGGCAGAUAGAGGAGAGGGCAGGCAUCUAUUUAUAUCUUCACACUCAUUUAUGAGUCCAGCUGCUUCAGAAUCAAUCCUGGAGCCAUAACAGGCUCCGUGUGACUCAGCUGCUUGAGCCCAGUGAUGUGCAGUUAGGCACUCUGAGUAAGCAGCCUGUACCUGGGUCUUGGCUCAUAAGGCUUAUAAUCAGGGAAGAUAAAGUUUGGGGGCCAAAAUAAAGAUGAAUAUGACUUUCCCUGAACACUUCCUUUGGUGACAGUGUCUAGAAUGUACCACAGUAUAGAGAUGGGUCAAAAGUUUUGGACAAUUGUUGUCAAAGUUAAGGAUGAGGCAUGUCAUUGAUAACUUUUUCUUGUUCAUGUUCCAGUAUGAAAUGAGAAGAAAUUGACCACCCUCAGCCACUAUUUAAGGCCUGGCCUUUUUCAAAAUUGCUAGCUUGGAAUCUUGCUCAGUUUACCAAGUAAUGCCAGGCUAGUGUUGAUUGGCAUGCCUAUGUGACUUCGUACUGAUAUUGAACUUGCUGAAGCAGUUAUAUGCUCAGGAUUAGGUGUGAGGAAUCCCUCUGAUCCAGCACUAACAUUUUAGUAUGUCUUGAAUGCUUCUUUUUUAUUUUUUAAAUAUCUUCCAACUAAGUCAAAAUGGUAGAAUAUGCAGCUUUAGUGUUGAGUAAUGUCUUUACUUAGUAGGCAGACAUGGAAGAUGUGCAGGAGAAAGCAGCAUCUUGGCAUCUACACCUGGACUGGACUGUGUAGAAAGGCUGUUUUUCAGUUCUCUAUUCCUUCCCUUUGAGUGACCACUUUGUGGGAUUUGAGACCAGGGAUCAUUUAGUAAAUCAGAAGUUAUCUUUUUCUGACAAGUUGCUACAUGAUUUAUCUGAUCCUGAGGUGUAGAAAUGGCAUAAGGACCAGUUUCCUAACACCAGCCCUGCUGUUGAGGGAAGUCAUCAUAGCUUGGAAGCAAGUAUUGGUCUUCUUCCCAAGUCUAGCUCAAAGUUCUGUCCCAUGAUCAAGGCCCUGGGACCAUCUUUUGGCAUCUUAACUGUAGUCUCACUGACUAAAGCAGAGGGCAGAGACAGAUUAAGACCAUAGGGGCAGAUCAGCUAUCCCCUAACAGGAAAGCAAGCAGCUUUGGGUUGUCUAGAUAAUUUUUUUUAAAAAAACAAAACAAAAACCAACAACAAAAUAAGGCUGUUUCCACCUGGCAUAGUUCAAGCAUCAGUAGGUUGUUUAUGUUCUUGUCACUGUCCCAGCAAUGUAGACGUCUUAGCUCCACCCUAAGCUCCACAUUUACUUCAGACUCCUCCAGCUCAUGUGCUGUCUUCCAUCUCCCUUCUCUGCAAGGUACUAGCUCCACCCAUUCUCCUGAACUUAAAAAAAAAAAUGUAUCUGAGCAAUUUCUGAUUUCUAGGAUAAUCUCUACUGCCAGUUAGAUCUUUGUGAGGUUUCCAUAACAUCAUAAACCAGAGGUCCAUUCUUGGUCCUUUGCUGCCAACUGCUCAUUCUUGACUUAGCUCUAGCCAUUUGUGACAACCAGCCUUGUUUCCUUACAAAUCCUCGCAUGUAACUUUGGUACUCUUGUUGUUUCCUGUGAAGAACCUACUCUGUUGUCUUUGAUGUAAUAAAAAAAUUCAUGUAGUUCAUGUAAAAAUAACUGACUCAGAAGGAAGCCAACUGUGUCUUGUGUUGGAACAAUUCAUAAUGUAAUUUCUAGACCACUUUUGCAAAUUGUUCUUGUCACCAAAUGUGUCAGACAUUGCUGUGCAGUUGUGGGGGAAAGGGGUGGGAGGGAAGGUAAGGUGAGAACAUUGUUGGGGCUUUUUCUUUCUUUAACCUUCUCCAAGAAUUGGAAUGGUCGGCUGACUUGCUCCAGAUGCAAUAAAGACAUUGCAGUGAA